AUGAACACAGCGCAAUCAACCCCGCCCAAAAAAGGCUUCUCAUGGAUCGCCCUCAUUAUCACUGCCGCAUUGCUCUACGGGGCGUCUCAGCUAGGCGACAGGAUCACCAAACAGGUGCCUGUUGAGCCACCGACCGAAGGAGAAGGCUGGAUGUUCCACUUGAAGGAAUUCUGCACAUCAUUUGGAGUCCACGGGGCUCUUGGAGUCUUGGCCAUUUGUGUCGCCAUUGGCGUUCAACUAGCAGUCGUCCAGCUGAAGCUCUACCUGAAGAGAGCCAAUCUAGCCGUCAAGGAGGACGCAUUGAAUGGGAAGGUGCUGGAAAAAAAGCGACUAUAG